AAUUAUUUUUUUAAUGGAGUAGAUCCUAUGAAUUGAUUUGAGGAGAAAUAGGUACCUGACGAUCAGUGGAAGAAUUAAAGCAGAGUUAGCCAAUUCAAAGAUACUGAAAUAUUUAAAACACUUUUUAGAGAAAAGAACCUUAGAUAAACUUUGACAAAAGGUAAGAGUAAGGUAAGUAAAUGGGAAAAUUAACAAAGGUAUUGCAGAGCAAACUCUUAAGGGGAAGAAAUAGAGAAAAUAUUAUUAGUAAGUUUCUCACUAUCUCAAUCCACGAUUCUUACUUUAAAUGAA